AAAACAAAAUCGCAAAAAGGAAAACUUCAGUCGCAGUCAUCAGCUGGCAGCAGAACGGAGUUUUGUGUAAUCGGAAAACUUUCAGCCUGAAAACAAAAUCAAUAUUUAAAAUCGAUAGUGCUUCUUCUAAGGCUUUGAAACGAUGACCGGACGGAAUCGGAAUCAGGUGACGAAGCUCGAAACCACCAUCGAGCAGUGCCGCGGCGAAGGAAAAUGGUCACGGGUAAUUGAAUUGGCCGACGAGCUGAAGUCCGGUUAUCCGCAAGUUGAGAGUCUGGCCAACUUCCUGAUGGGGGAAGGCAAACUGGAGAGUUAUUUGGAGGAAAAUCCGCCAAUCGAGGACAACGUCCUAAAAGCGAAACUGGGCCUGACGGAUGCCAAACGGUAUCUGAAUUCGGUGAUUGGAGAGAGUGGCAAGAAGGCGGGAAUUGCUCUGGAUGCGCAUCUGUUGCUGGCGAAGCUGUUCUUUGCCUGCGGUCAGUACGACGAGUCGCUGCAGAGCUUUGUGCUGGCCGAGUUGAACACCCUGUCGGAGAAGCACCUGUCGCCGCGAAGCAUUCGAAUUCUGGCGGAAUCCUACGCCAUCAAGGGCAUGUGCUUGGAGAAGAAGGUGGGCAAAGCGCCGUCCAAGUUCAAGCAAGCCGAACAGGAAGCAGAGAUGAUCACGUGUUUCGAGCGGGCGGCCGACUUGGGUAUCUUGUACCUGCAGGGUCAACAGCAGCAGCAACAGUUGCAACAGCAGGACAGUAGCAGCAGCCAGGUAGAGGUGCGUCAGGUGGGAGCCGUGUUGGAGACGGGACUUCAGCGGGCACCAAUUGUGCUGAUCAAGACGGGCAAACUGCAGAAUGCCAUUGAUCGGUACAGGGUGAUGCUGAAUGCGGUCGAGACGAAGGCCACUCAGACGCUGAGGUUGACGCUGGCCAGACAGUUGGCCGAAGUGCUGCUGAGGGGUGUUUCCGGGACGAUCUAUACUCCUCCGAGUGGAUUGGCGUCCGGCAAGAGUGGCUCGAAAAACAAGAGCCUGUGGGAGCCGAAGAAGUAUGCGGCCAGACAGCAGUUCAUUCCGAGGAAUCAGCAUGAGGAGACGAUUCUUCUGUUGCUAAUUGCGGAAGCUUUGGCCGUGAGGGACGCGGUUCUAUCGCAGAGUCCGGAGUUCAAGGAAGCGAGGAUUCAUUCGCUGGGCAACGCGACCGCGAUCUAUGAUUUGAUGACGUUGGCCACGGUGCGUUGGAACCAGGUGGGGUUGCUGCACGAUUCCUUGGAGAAGGCACUGAAGUUUGCCUUUGGGGAGAGUCACGUGUGGAAGCAGUACGCAGUUUGUUUGAUUUCCAUGGGUCGCUACAAGCACGCGGUUUGUGCUUUGAAGGAACAUUCCAAACUGGAACCGAUGGACAGCUUGAGUUGUCUGAUGGCUGCCCGGUUAUGCUACGAACAUCUCGAUCAGAUCAAGGAAGGGCUGGAUUUUGCUGAACAAGCCCUGGUUAAGGAAAUCAAAGGCAUCAGGCGAUCUCGGGCUCAGCUCUAUGUAGGAAUCGGUCUGCAGCAGGUGGCAGUCUCUUCGACGUUGGUCUCGGAAAAAGAUCGCUACAACAAACUCGCCUUCGAGGCGUUAGAGAAAGCUGUCCAACAAGAUCCGCAUGAUCACCUGUCAGCAUAUUACCUAGCUUGCCAACAUGCUUUCAACUACAACAUUACCGAGGCCCUUCUCCACAUUACCAACGCCUUGUCCCUCCGCGCAGAACACGCUUCAAGUUUGCACCUGUUCGCGCUCCUCCUAACGGCCAAUCGGCGCCCCAAGGAAGCUCUAGCAGUUGUCCAGGAUGCCACUGAAGAAUUUCCCGACAAUCUAAACCUACUGCACGUCAAAGCCCAUCUUGAACUGUACCUAAAGGAUGUGGAGACGGCACUGGAAACGGUCCAGCAGAUGCUCGCAAUCUGGCGCGAAGUGUACGAGGUGCAGCUGGCCAACGCCGGAAGCGGAAUGGAACACGACCACGAGAAGCAUUCCGACACCAGGAGCGUCCUGCAGAUGCAAACUUCGCAGAUGUCCGACAAGGAUUCAAAUUCGAUCCACGCUGCUUCUCUCGCGGCAUCCCGCAUUGAGCACGCCCUCAGCGAAGCAGCCAGCUCGCUUAGCUCGUUUAGCCCCCGUCCUGGCCCACAGAAGGCCUGGAUGAUCCAGUUCAAGAUUUGGCUCCUGCUCGCGGACGUCUAUCUGGCCAUCGAGCAGCCCAACGAAGCGAUCAACUGCAUUCAGGAGGCGAGCUUGAUCAAUCCGGUGUCUCAUCAGGUCAUGUACAUGCGUGGCCUCAUCCACAUCUACCAGCAACAGUGGGCGGAUGCGAAGCAGUGCUUCCUGAAUGCCGUCUCAGCCAAUCCGUACCACACGGAUGCCCUGCGAGCGCUGGGCGAAGCCCAUCUCACUCUAGGUGAACCGCGCCUCGCGGAGAAGACUCUCAAGGAUGCCGCCCGAAUCGAUCCCAAUUGUCCGAAGAUUUGGUUCCUGUUGGGUCGGGUGAUGGAGAGCAUUGGGGACUACACGGCUUCGGCCGAUUGUAUGGCCACGGCGCUGCAGCUGGAACCGUCCUGCCCGGUCUUGCCGUUCACCUCGAUUGCGCUGGUGUUUGACUAAAUGGGAAAAGAUUGCAAGUUUCGUUGACUAUUUCUAAGAACAACUAGAAAAAUUCGGUGUCAGAUGUUACUGUAGUCCGAUAGUACCGAAUAGGUGUCAGAAAGGACAUCCGUGGGUCACCAUCUCGUAUUCGAUAUGUUUGUCAAUCUAUUCGUCGGAGGAUUUAUACCGUUUUAACUUUCAAACUAUACAUUGGGUAAGCAUGGACGUAUGUUAACGUAUUUAUUUGAAUUCUGUGAUUGUUGAUUCAUUACCGUAAAAAUCCAUUAUUGGUGUGAGUGUAUUUAACUAGGUGGUAAGGCAAAAUGUAUUACUAUUACUUAAAAAGCAUUAUUAGCGGAAAAUAUAUAUCAAAAUUAUAAAUGAAAAAUUA